UGCAAACUAUUUGCGUGGAAUAUCCUCUCCUGUGAGCGAUGGGACUGGCCGCGCGCCUUGUGCGUAUUCUUGCGUUGAGCGCCGCGUGGACUUCGUCAACUGAUCCGGGCUCAGCGUGUGAAGAAGACUGGCUCCCUUUCGGCUCCAGUUGCUACAAGAAGAUGGAGACCCCCAACGGUUGGCUGGGGGCUCGGCACGACUGCGUCUGGGAGGGCGGCGACCUGGUCUCCGUUGCCUCGUCGGCCGAGGAAGCCUUCGUGAAGGGGAAAAUGGGCGACGUCCCUUUCUGGAUGGGACUCUCCAAUCUGAAUUGCGACGAGGCUUGGUGUCAGUAUGACAAGGAGCAAAAGAAGCUGACUUGGUCCGAUGUCCGCGUGACUGUGACCUACUCCAACUGGGCUAAAGGUCUAAACGGAAACUCCGACGUGGAGUCCUGCGCGUACGUCAACCUUGGCGUGCACCCCGAUAAUCAGCAAGGAAAGUGGCGACACGGCUCGUGCGGAUCCUCGUUGCCAUACAUGUGCGAGCGCUCGCUGGACGACUGCCUGGAGGGCAGGCAGUGUUCCUUUAAAGUCUUCGGUUACGAUCGAGUGGAGACUUCCUCCUGCGACCCUGGCGACUUUCUGUUCGACGACUCUUGCUAUCAUUUUGGGCGGGAGAAGAUGAAUUGGCAGCCCGCUGAGGACUUCUGCAAGGGACGCAAAAGUCACCUGGCCAGCGUCCACUCACAGGACGAAGUCAAUUUCUUGGGUGCUCACAUAAGCUAUAAGCUUGGUUGGGUGGGACUCGCGAGGAAGAAUGGCAAUUAUGAGUAUACUGAUGGAACAUCUAUCGACGACACCCCACGAUUGCAACUUCUCGAGUACAACUGCAUGGCUGUGUUCUAUGGUCCUUUUAUUGAUGACUAUAGAUGCGACACUAACAACUUUCCAGCCAUCUGCAAAAAAGCCAAGGUCCGAAAGGCUCUUACUGCUCAUCCGUCGUCAAGAUUCAGGCUAGGCUGGAGCGAAAAGUGCGGCAGGUGGAUGGAGAACCCGGCCAACGACUUCUGCUACCUGAUCAGCCACAACCAGGACGUGACCUGGCAGGAGGCGCGAGACAAAUGCGUCGACCACGGAGGCGACCUUCUCAGCCUUGCCGACGACACUGAACAGAAGUUCAUACAAGAUCUGUGCGACAUUCCGCUGACUCUAUGGUUGGGCGCCAAUGCCGAGAUCACUGAAGGCAGCAAGUGGACUGAUGGAUCCCCGUUCAUUUACAAAAACCUGAAAGCAGAUAACGCCAGUGACGCCACUGGCGGACGCUGCCUUUCCUUGCUCACUGCCGACGGCGACUGGAAAUUUGACCAAUGCCGAAAAAACAGCAGCUACAUCUGCAAGAGAAGAGGAAGAGUCGAUCAGAAGUCAUGUGAUACGGUCUACGGGUGGCUCCCUUUCGGCUUCAGUUGCUACAAGAAGAUGGCGACCCCCAACGGUUGGCUGGGGGCUCGGCACGAUUGCGUCGGGGAGGGCGGCGACCUGGUCUCGGUCGCCUCAUCGGGCGAGGAAGCCUUUGUGAAGAAGCAAAUGGGCAACGACGACCCCUUCUGGAUCGGACUCUCCAAUCUGAAAUGCGAAGAGGCUUGGUGUCGGUAUGACAAGAAGCAAAAGAAGCUGACUUGGUCCGAUGUCCGCGUGACGGGAAACUACUCCAACUGGGACUCCCGUCAGGUUGGAAGCUCCGACGUGGAUUCCUGCGCGUACGUCAACCAAGGUGUGUGGACUCAGCCAGGAAAGUGGCGACACGGCUCGUGCAGAUCCUCAUUGCCGUUUAUGUGCGAGCGCCCGCUGGACGACUGCCCGGAGGGCCGGCCGUGUUCCUUGAAGGACUUUGGUUACCUUCGAGUGGAGACUUCCUCCUGCGACCCUGGCGAAUUCCUGUUUGACGAGUCUUGCUAUCGUUUCGAGGGGGUGAAGAAGGUGCAGUGGGCCGCCGAGAGGGUUUGCAAAAGAAACAAAGGUCAUCUGGCCAGCGUCCUCUCAGCGGAUGAAGGCAAUUUCUUGGCAGCUCACAUGCGAGACGCAGGAAGAUCUCAGCCUUUUGUGGGAUUGAAGAAGAAGAAAAACAUUUUUGAGUGGAUUGACGGAAAAUCUACAGACUACGUCACGCAGUUGGUGGGAAAAAAGUCUACAGGACUCGAAGAGUGCUUUGCUCUGUCAUCUUCUGGACAAUUUGAUGAGUGGUCAUGCGCUAAAGAGCAGCCAUCUAUCUGCAAAAAAGCCAAGGUACAAGGGGCUCUCCCUGUUCUGCCGUCAUCAACAUGGGGACCAGGACAGAAACCCGAACCUCCACGCCAUGAAGGUUUUCGGGAGAUCCUUGUGUGCAACCACCAGAAGAACGUCGACCUCUUUUGUCAGAGUGAGGGUCAAAGCGUCAUCCGCAUCCAGUCGGCCUUCUACGGACGGAGGAGCGGCAGCCUUUGUCCAACUCAGAACGCAACAAAGGAGACUUGUGUGGUGCGAGGAGCCCUCCCUCAUUACAGGCAGAAAUGUGACAACCGUCAAUAUUGUCUUGCUGACCCUUUUGAGGGCGUCCGGGAGACCUGCCCUGCAGUCUCCAAAUACCUGCACAUGGUCUACAGCUGUGAACGGAAAGUGUGUCUUGACAGUUUGGUCGAGGCGGACAAGCGCAUCGCCGACUCAGCGUUUGAAGCCUCCUCCUCUAUGAGCGACACCAGCCCAGAGAAAGCUCAAUUGAGCAAGAAUUCCUGCUGGAGACCGUCACAAGAUCCCUCCACCAGCUGGAUCCAGGUGAACCUCGGUCACGUGAGAAAGGUGACCGGGAUCGUCACCCAGGGCUGUCCUCAUACUGACCAAAGGUCCUGGGUCAUCGACUUUGAGAUGAAGAUGAGUUUGGAUGGCAAAAGCUGGACUGAACACCCGGACGAAAAGUUUACCGGAGGGGGGGAGCACCGGUUUGGCUCUGCGUUUUCCGCUCAGUACGUCCGCAUCCUGCCGCUGGAGGACAGCGUUGACUUCGGCCUCAGCUUUGACCUCUUGGGAUGCGCACGUGACGAUGGGAUGACCUGUGACAGCACGUUCAACAGCCUCCACUUGACCAAGGCAAUGACGUUCCACUGCCCACCCAAGUGCGCCAACUCCAAACACAAUGUCACAGGAACCUUGGUCUACAAUAAGGACUCAAGCGUGUGCGCGGCCGCUAUUCACGCCGGCGUCAUUCGUAACGACAUCGGAGGAGACUGUAUUGUGAUGAAAGAAGUGGCAAAGAAGGACUUUGCUGGCUCCACCCAGAACGGGAUCACCUCCCUCAAGAAUGCCGACUCGACGGAUCAGGCCUUCACAUUUGCCGACGGAGAGCCGAGAUGCUUGGGAGAGUCCUGGGAGGAGUUUGCGGGCUUCUGCUACAAAGCUUUUGAGGACAAGAAGGAGUGGGCCGCUGCUCAAACUGACUGUAAGAAAUUGGGUGCCAAUCUGGUGUCCAUCCUUUCCGAGGUGGAGCAGACGUGGGUGAAAAGUGCUUCCGCCCUCGACACCAGCGAUAUGUGGACCGGACUGCAUGACCACAGACAGGUCUUGAAGGAAUGGGUCCACUGGACCAGCUCAGUGGACUAG